AUGGUCGACUUGGCCAUUGGGCUUGGAAUUCCUGUCAUCGUGAUGGUACUCCACUAUAUUGUGCAGGGCCACCGAUUCAAUAUAUUCGAAGAAGUUGGAUGUUACCCAUUUACCUACAACACCCCUCCUGCUUAUUUCCUUGUGUACAUGGUACCGAUACCAAUUGGGUUGACAUCGGGCGCUUAUUGCAUUAUGAGCAUCAUAGCAUUUCGAAAGAGACAGACUGAAUUCAAGGAAAUUCUGUCCUCAAAUUCCAACUUAAACUCGAAUAGGUUUUUCCGAUUAAUGGCCCUUGCCGGUAUUGAGGUCAUUUGCUGCAUUCCAUUGUCAAUUACAACCAUGGUUUUGAACGCAACACGAGGCGUAGUAAACCCAUGGAUCUCUUGGGAAGACACUCACUGGGGAUUUUCGCGUGUUGAUCAGAUACCAGCUGUCUUAUGGCGAUCAACGGCCGAUUCAAAUGUCUCCGUUGAGAUGAGCCGUUGGCUUUUGAUAGUCUGCGGAUUAGUGUUCUUCGCCUUCUUUGGCUUCGCAGAUGAAGCACAGCGACAUUAUAAACUCGCUAUGAACUCCGUCGCAAAACGCGUCGGGUAUACAACUUUCACAGGGUCUACCAAAAUUGGAACAAGAAAUACGAGUUCUUCUAGUUUCAAGGAAUCUUCAAACAUGUCUUCAUCACAAGGAGCCGGCCUUCCUGUUUUCAUUCGCCAAGAAACUGUCGAAAAACGUGACUCCGUGGACACUUCGUCGGAUUUGACUUCUAUGAAAGACAGUGUAUUUGCCUCAGAAAAGGACUUUAUCACCCAAUCAACUCACAGCGCACUCACUAAAAACGAUGCCCCACUCAAACUUGCUUCGUUUAUCGUCACGCCCCCAAACCCACAUCACGGUCUUAUGGUCAUGGAUGGGCCCGCCCCGUCUAAGCACAUAGAUUCAUUCCCAUCUUCCGUAACACCUUCAGGGUCCUUCCUGGACCUGUCUGCCACUCAGACUGAAAUUCCAGCUUCCGGCAACGAUAACAAAGUCUGA